GGAAACCGUUCCUGCGGGCCCCUCAGAUGAGCAUCGGUACCUGGGGCCGGCUGGUAAGGAGGGCCAUUCCCUCUCCCAAUAACUCAUUUAGUCCUCAAGUGGCAGUGCUGGCAGCUGAGACUCUACACAGCAGUCACCCAGGAACCCCUGCUCUGAGGAGUGACCCAAUAGUGACAAAACUGGACUUUGACAAAGAUGCUACACAAAAGCAUUACUCUCCUGUUAGUAUAAGAGAAGUCCUGCCUGAGGACAAGAUCCCCAACAAAGAGCAAGAACGGGACACUUUGACCUCAUUUGACUACCGAAAUGACAGGAAUAGCAUCAUUGUUCAGUCUGACCUUGAAGAAACCGAGGAACUUGAGACGCAGCCUUCAGCGUUACAGCUCAUAACUGUCCAAAAGAACACAGAAAUAAGGGACGAAGAGGAGGAAGAACAGUUUCAUUUCAGUCUUAAAGACUUUAAAUGUGUUGCAGUGUUAGGCCGUGGACAUUUUGGAAAGGUGUUGUUAGCGGAAUACAGUAUUACAGGUGAAAUGUUUGCCAUCAAGGCCCUUAAGAAGGGAGAUAUUGUUGCUCGUGAUGAGGUUGAAAGUUUGAUGUGUGAGAAGAGGAUAUUUGAGACUGUGAACAGCGUGCGGCACCCAUUCCUCGUCAAUCUUUUUGCAUGUUUCCAGACCAAGGAGCAUGUGUGUUUUGUGAUGGAGUACGCGGCGGGAGGAGACCUCAUGAUGCACAUUCAUGCCGAUGUGUUUUCAGAACCGCGGGCCACGUUUUAUGCAGCUUGUGUUGUCCUGGGGUUACAGUUUUUACACGAGCACGAGAUUGUAUACAGAGAUCUGAAGUUGGAUAACUUACUGCUUGACACAGAGGGAUUCGUCAAGAUUGCUGAUUUUGGUCUUUGUAAGGAAGGAAUGGGUUACCAGGACAGGACGAGCACUUUCUGUGGUACUCCAGAAUUUCUGGCUCCUGAGGUGUUAACCGAAACGUCCUACACGCGUGCGGUGGACUGGUGGGGGCUCGGCGUGCUCAUCUUUGAGAUGCUUGUCGGGGAGGUCAGACCUCCUCCACUUCGGUUUAUUUAUUUCUUCUUCUUCUUCAUCAUCUCUCUAAAUAAACUACCGUGCACUUGA